AUGGAAAAUUAUAUGGAAGACGAUGAAAAGAAGUGGUUAACUGCUGCUGGAAAGGGGGAACAUGAGAAAAUGCAAUCGAUUGCUCGUCGGCUGGGCCCCGAUCAACUGGAAACUCAUCUACUGGAGACACGUACCAAGGAUGGGAAGACCGCCUUACAUCUAGCCGCUGAAGAGGGACAUGGAGACGUCCUUUGGUAUUUACUUAAACAAGGAGCUAGCGUGGCUGCUCGAGAUGUUGAGAAGCGCACCGCAUUUGUUCUCGCUGCUGAAUCUGGGCAUUCAGGUCUCCUGAAGUGUUUGCGUGAGUAUGGUGCGGAUAUCAAUGCACGGGAUAUCAAUGGAGAUACUGCCUUCCUUAGUGCAGCUAAGUAUGGGCGCCUGGAUGCUGUCAAAGAAAUCUUUGAGAAAGAAACUAUCUUAGGAAGAGCUGGACUUCUCGAGAGCCGAAAUCUCGACAAGAUGACUGCUUUCCUCCAUGCUGCCAAUUUUGGAAGCUUCAGAACCCUGAGGUACUUGGUGGACCAAGGAUCAAACACCACCGAUCGCGAUAUGAAUCAAGAUUCAGCACUUGACCUUGCUAUCAAAGGAAAGCAUCUUGCCAUUGCGAAAUGGUUACUUCAUAAUGAUGUGAACAUUACUUCUCGGGAUGUUGACGAGCAAAAUGUGUUACACCGUGCUUGUGAGGCUGGGAAUACCAAUAUCAUUGAUGCAAUUCUUGAUCGGCCAUUAAACAUCUCGGAAGAAGUAUUCCACCGACUUCAAAGACAGAUGAUGGUUGCACAAGAUGCGUGGGGAAAAACGCCUUUGGAACUUGCUGUAUCAGGAACGUCUCACAAUCGACACGAAAUUGUGCUCCGGCUGUUGAGGACAGAAGUACAUUCCCCUCAGGAUCCUGCAGACUUUGAACCGUAUCUAUCCCCCAAAAGUAAACUGGGACCAAUAAUUGAGGUCUUGUCUGAUUGGAUCAGAGACAACGAGCGUGAACGCGACGAAUCCUCCGACGAAAACUUGGAAAAGAAAAAUCGAGCCGCAGUUACCUUUUUUGCUUUAUCAAAUGGUCUCGACGGACUUUUGGAUCUCUGUUUGACACGUUGGGUUAUUCUCGACUUAGAAAGAGAGGCAAGAUCGUGGGUCAAUGUUGCCGCACUCGGCGGAAGUGUCCAUGUUAUGGAGAAGGUCCUCGAGGCGACAGGACACGCACAGCCUAUUUCACUCUAUCUGGCAGCUAAGCAUGGACAUCAACAAUUGUUGUCUGUCCUGCUGAAUCACCUUUCCUCAGAACAACAUGAGCCUAGCUCUGAUUAUAUCUUGGAUGCCAUUCUUAAAAGCAAAUCUCUAAGAAUGGACGUGGACGAAGGAGACAGCGAUGACAACAGUGACAAACAAACCUUGAUUUCACUUGCGGCAGCAGGAGACACCAGGAGUCACCACGAAACCAAGAUAUGGCUGUGGAAAACUUUAUCUGAGAAGAUACUGAACGAUACAGUAUCCUUUUCAAAAUCAGAGGUGAACUUUCAGGUGUUCUUGGAGCUUGUUACUCGGUUUGAAUCACCUGAUAUUGUUCAAAUUCUAGGAUCUGUUCUUGAUGUAUUAUGGGUGCGGGUCAUUGAGCUUACACGGGUCAGAAAUACAUUCCUUUCGGAGGGCUCGAUCAGGCCCGGGCUCACUGCUUUAUACCAGGCCAUUGCUCUUGGCUUUCCCACUGUGGCUUUCCACUUUCUUACAAGGCGAGGUUACCUAACCGCCGAUGAAUACCGCCAAUGCAAUCGUAUUAUGGAUUCUUUGCCAUCUCAUAAUAUUCCUUUACGUGAGCGCCUGCAAUACAAGAUGAUCGAAAAUAUUCUUGAAAAUCCUCCACGCAUGACGCAUCGUCAAGCUCAGGUGGUUGACCAUACACCCAUUGGUCGAUAUCGAUCUGAAGACGACACAGGGGAGAUACGUGGAGAGAUAAUUGACUUUUGGAAUUAUCAAGAAAGACCAUUCAAGUUUCGAGUCCAGCGGAGUCUCAUUGCUGAUAUUGUUGACAACAAAGGACCAGAAGUCAUAAUGAACAAAAUAGAGUAUCACUAUAUUAAAGACCUCGAAAAGGACAUUCUUGAGGGAGAGCUUAGACAUAAACCUAAGCCCAUGACACCGAGCAUUCGAUGGAUUCAUAUCCCCGUGAACAACAAUCUCGUUCACAAGAUUUUUGAGAAGAAAAACUCCCGCUCCUUGUCUGCUUUUGUUCGGCAAAGUGGUACAGAAGUUCGUGCUGGUGGAAUAGGAAAACGGUACAUGAAUCCGAAAUCUGUUAUAAUGAGGACUCCCAAUUCAGCAGCAUUUAGUGAUCUUUUAGCUGUGGAAGCUGGUGACGCGGGCCUCAAAGCUAAUGCCGAUGGGCAAGGGGCAGGCUCUAUCAGGAAGAUUGCUCUCUUCAUGCCCUUUAUAUUUUGGCAGAAAUGGUCGGAUAUGUUGCCCCAACAACGACAAACUGCUGAAGUCAACGAGGAUCAGCAAAGGAAUGGCCAGUCUUUUGACAUGGGCAAUACCUCACAUGAGUCUAUGACACUCGAUCAAUUUUAUCAUGUCUCUCUCAGUGACACUAUGGAACGAGAUACAGACCAAGUCCUCUCGCGCUGUUACGGCAACCCAAAUCCAUACCCAAUAAAUAACCCAACUAAUAUCUUGAUUGUGGACCAAUUAUGGCUAUGGAUCCUUGACGAUAACCAUCAUUACAAGCACAACGGCAGCACCAGGGGGGUGGAGAGCGUUUUCUUUGAUCGAGUCUUGGCUGCACUUAGGGCACAGGAGCAUGUCUCAUCUGUGACAGUCCACUUUCUGAUGCACUUGAUUCUCAAUACAGCCACAGGCUUGUUCAGAAAGAACGAUAUCGCCGUUUCUGGUAGGAAUGUAUCACCCUUGGGUGUCUUCCGAGAAACCAUCGUGAAAGUGACAACACAAGAGACAGAGCUGUUCGAGGCGUUCAAAAAAUCCCUCUUACCGAAAGAAUACGAGAAAAGCGAUCCAAAAUGGAAAAACUGGUUCAAAGCAUGGCGGAAACCACAAAAACCACUUACCAACGGAGAUCAGGAAAACGGGAAUCAAGAAGGGAGAGAUCAAACGCAUGAACAGCACAAUGCGAAUCCUCAUUUGGGAAUCUUAGAGGAGACUAAGCUCUUAAAAGAGGUCAAAGAUAUACACGAAGAGCUCAAUAUGUUGAAAAAGGUGGCCCAAGACCAGGAAAACGUCUGGCAGCAAGCUUUGCAGCCGGAAAAUGACUAUGGUGAAAUUUCGGGUGGUUUCAAUCCGUCUGAGAUCAAGGCUGAGAUUGAGGAAAUGAUUCAACAAACUGAAACGGUCAAACGGUCUCUCUCAACUCUUUUGGACUUGAAACAAAAACAAGCCAAUAUUUUCGAAGCGGAGUAUACACGAAAACAAAGCGAAGACACUGCGAUACAAGGUGAUACAGUCAUGGUGUUCACAGUGGUCACCAUCCUCUUUCUCCCUGCGUCCUUCUUGACCAGCCUGUUUGCAUUGGACGUGUCAGACUUUCCACAUGAGGGUGGUAAUGUUAGCUAUCAGGGAUGGUGGAUAUUUCCGAUAAUAUUUGGGGUUUCUAUUGCGAUCUCUGGCUUUUUUAUUGUUGUCGCUUUUAAUGCUAGGGCAUUGAAGAAUUUGGGGGCCUUGGUGGUAGCGACUACGUGA